CUUCAAUCUCCAUACUGUUAUCUAUCUCUAUUUCUCAAUUUUUCCUCUUUCUGUCUUUGUUUACUUGUCUGUCUUAUCUGUAUCUGUCUGUCUGUCUGUAUCUGUCAGUGUUGCAAUGGCCACCAGACAUAUCCUUGACUCACAGGACCCCCAUUACCAAGAGGGGAGACGCAUGGCUCUUGAACUGAAACAUGACCACGUUCUAGCUGAAGCCAGGAGAGCAGCUUUGGAGAGGAAACGUGCAUGCUCUGGAGGAGACCCUCCACAGACCUCUAAAAGGGUCUCUGUAGGUCGUGGCAAGCCGAGGGGAAGGCGAGGAGGGCGACGCCAAGCCUCAGCUACAGUCACACACCCCCCGGUUGAGUGUUCCCUGUCAUCCAGUGUGGAGGUUCCCUCAGAAAUACUGAAUCCUCAAGAGGAAUUUGAGAAAAAUAUGGAGAGGCUCUCAAACAUUUUGGCAUCAUGUCCUUCUGCUGAGCCUCAAAGAAACUCUGCCUUAUCAUGGUCUUUUCGGCAGCAGAAAGCCUCAGAGCGCUGGAAAGAGGCAAGACCAUACCACCUACAAUGCCUUAUCGCAAAGGAGGCUGUUGGUCAUCCCUCGUGUUGCCUUUGCCACGAGCCUGCUGUUAUCAGGUGCAGAGAGUGUCUUCCUGAGGAUUGGUUCUGUGGGGACUGUGAUGUAUUGCAUCACAAAAAACAGCCACUCCACAACAGGGAAAGUGUGCUUCAUGGGUUUUUUGAAGCCAUUCCUCCAACCUCAUGCAUCAUUAAAGGAGAUGGUGGAUAUUGCACCCAUGAGCAAGCUUGCAUUUUGCCAACUGUGAAGGUGCCAGACUGCUCCUGUGAAGGCACAAACUUCACUGUAUUACCAGGCAAACCAGUGGUUUUGAUUACCAUCAAUGGGCGUUUUGACUUGAAUCAGCCACUAUAUGAAUGUCAAGCAUGCCAGCAGCAGUGGACUCCUGAUUCGAAGGACCUCCUUAGGAGUGGAUAUUGGCCAGCCUCUGUCAGCAGUUCAAUGCUGUAUACACUGGACCUCCUGAGCUCCUUUCAGGAGCUCAAGGUCAUCGCUCCAGGAUUCUCCAGACAAGCCUUUGCAAAGCUGCUGGAGCAUCGGACUAAGUGUGGAGGAAGAUCUGGACAUAUCAACGGCGAUGCACUGCAGCGGAGCUUCUUGGAGUUUUCCUACGCUUCUUUUGAAGAAGACCAGCUCUGCUGUAGUGCUCCUUUCACCUGCCCAGCCUGCACACCAGAAAUGCUGGCUGUUUCCGCCGAUGGCAACAGAAAGCUAUAUCGUUUUCAACGAAACACAAGCUCUGAUGAUCCUGGUUUUUUUGAAGGGCUCUUUGUGGCUGAAGACAGUGCGGUGUCUACAUUUGUAGACACUAUACAGAAAGCAGUGAGAAAUACACAGGGAAGAGGCACAUGUGGGGACUCCCAGUGGACAGCAGCGAGGGAGACAUCAAGGAGGGCUUCCAAAUUGGAUGAAGAGGGGAUGGAGGUUGCUGUGUGUCGCCAUGGGUUCCUUCUGAAAGCCCUUAAUAUGUACAGGGGGGAGAUAUUUGCCUACCCCCUGUAUCUUCAGAAGGAGCUCAUGCCAGCCAAGGCAAAAUUCUUUGCUAUGGAUGUGGCUUGCAAAUACUGGCCAUACUUGGAGAAAGCUGCUCGAGUCCUUCCUGCCCUUCAGGAGCUCACCGAGAUGAAACCCUUCCUCAGCAUAAUGCAUGCUCGAGCCCAUGCUACAAAGUGUGAGAUUAAAUGGAGUGGUAGGAACCAGGAAGGAGCAGGAACAACAGUCGGAGAGGAGGUGGAGCAAGUGAACAGCUACCUGUCACGUUGUGCCCUGACUACCAAAUAUAUGUCCAAAGCAGCACGGGUGGACAUGGUUACUUUAAAUGCAAUGGGGUGGAACCACAAAAAAAGUCUCUCUCUACAUCAGGCACUUUCCACAAGAUAUGUGAAGACUUGUCAGAGACUCCAGGAUGAGACUGCAAGGCUAGCUGAACUCAAACAGAGCUACAUUGCACAGAUGAAUUGGUGUCACAGUGGCUCUCUGAUGUGAAGGAAUGGGCAGCUGAUGAUACAUCUCAUGCCACUCAAGGCACCACACACAGAGGUCUUCAGCAGUCAAUUGAGGGCCUUUACCUUAGUGUGAGGCAGCGGAAGCAAACUCUCUACCGCCAGAAUGACAGCAGCAAGUUUCGCCACCGCCUUCGAAGGAA